GUCCUGUUCAAUGUAACCGGACACCGCCUUGCAGUCCAAUGUGGGCGCGAGGCGCGUUAAAGCCCGCCUCACUGAAGUCACUUCCCAGGCGCGCGGCAUGCUAAUGGCAGCUAACCGACCAAGUGACAACUGAAAAGUGUCCAGGACGUUUACAGUUUGUUAAAAAUAUUGACAAGAAAGCUGCAGUUACCCUCGAAAGUUGUAGUAUUCCCGCGGUAGAGUGUAUGUUGUGUCUCCGACGGGCGUCCAGAGGUAGUUGCAACCCUGCGGCGAGAGAGAGAGAGAGCUGCUCUGUUGUUGACAUCCAUGACGAGCUCGGAUGUUAGCGUGUCACCAUCUCCGCUGCAGUGCGAUGUCGAGGUGGUGAAUCGGAUGCUCCCCACGUUUGGGAUGAGAAGUCGAGGGAAGGGGACGAGAGCGGUGCUCUCCAUCGGGAGGCAUUUGGACAAGACCAGUCAGCGCAGCAGCAUCUACAUGAUGAUCUGCACAGCUAAAGACAGAGCAGGAUCAAAGUACAAGCUAAAAGACAACAUAGAGAAAUUCUUCACGUGGUUUGUGGAGGAAGGCAAGGCCACUGUGAGAUUAAAGGAACCCGCUGUUGACAUUUGUUUGAGCAAGGCUGAUGCAAAUAGCUUGAAAAACUUCCUCUCAGCCGCGCGUUUGGCCGACAGAGGGAGCGACACGAGCAGCCUCCCUCUCUCCACACUCACUCCUGUUCGCGCCAGGGACGUGGAGCAACCCAAGAAGAAACUCACCAUCGUCUCCAAGAAGGACUACCCCCUCACCUCCAACUUCCCCUACUCUCUGGAGCAGCUUCAGGUCUCCUACUGCAGACUGUCACGUGUGGACAUGCGGAUGCUGUCCCUCAAAGCUCUCCGCAAGCUAGACCUCAGUAACAACCACAUUAAGAAACUCCCAGCCACCAUCGGUGACCUCAGCUGCCUCGCUGAACUCAUCCUCCACAACAACCACUUGGAAGCCUUCAGCGAGGCCCUGUGCCUGUCCACUCUCCAGCGGACCCUCCAGCUCCUGGACCUCAGCCAGAACCGACUGCAGUCCCUCCCCGCUCAGUUCUGCCAGCUCAGAGAACUAGUGAACCUCAAACUGGACGACAAUGAGCUCGUUUGUUUGCCGUUUCACAUCGGCCGACUCUCAAAGUUGAGGUUCCUUUCGGCGGCGCAUAACCAGCUGGCUUUGCUGCCCAGUGACUUCCGCAAGCUGAGUCUGGAGAACCUGGACUUGUUUGGGAAUCCGUUUAUCCAGCCCAACCCUCUGGACCACACAAUGCAGCUCACAUUCCCCCUUCCACUUCAAGAGAUGGCUUCCAGAGCUGUGUCCAACCUCAGGAUACCAUACGGACCUCACCUCAUCCCUGCCCACUUGUGUCAGGACCUCGAAGCAGCCAAGACCUGCGACUGCGGCCGCGUCUGCAUCAACUUCUACAUCAAGACGGCAGUCAGCAUGAACCUGCACCAAGUCUCUCACACGGUGGUCCUGGUGGACGACAUGGGAGGCACAGAUGCACCGGUGCAGCAGCACUUCUGCUCCCUCUCCUGCUACUCCGAAUUUUUAGACACCUCCCUCCAGAGAGGAGUCAGAUGAGCAGGAACAAACUCUGCUUUUACUGAAAACCUACCAACAUCUGGAAGUUGCUUUUGAUACUGCAAUAGUUUACAAGUUGUGAGAUACUGUAGGAGCUUAUCUGAUGAGCGAGUUACAAGAGGAAUCUGCAGUAGUAAAUAGCUCAGUGGUACAGUUUUCUCGUAAUGCCUUUAAAUAAAAGGACAAUUUUGACUCUGUUAAGCUUUGUUCUUAAAAGUGCUCAAAGCUACCUGUGUUACACUUACAUUCAACUUAUAAUGCACUUCCCACGUAUCAAGGAUGGACUAAGAGACGAGCAUAAGUACCUUCAUAGCUGCUCCGCCUGCAUCUACUAGGCAUUGACUGUAUGUCAUGAUAGUGGGCAGCAACACUGACACAAAAUCAAUCUCAUACGUUGUCUUUUCUCUUCUUCCUGCCUCUAAGCGCAAAAUGCACGAUCCCCUACUGACCUACUUCCACUAGACAGGGGAAUAAAGACUUUAGAUGAAUUUCCUGAACACAGUGCCUCAGGGUCCGUAAGCGUUGUCUAAAGGGAGUUGGUUUUUACUGUACUGAUGACCACCACUUUUUUAUAUCUAUAUGUGAAAAAGUCAAUAAAAUACAAAUAUUCAUUGUC